CUAGCCAGGGCCGGGACUCUAUUUUAUAAUUUGUAUUUGUACAAAUAAAAAUACGGAUGAAUAUUCAACCACUGGAUCACCCCAUAUCAAGAAACAAAUUUAAAUCGAAUGGAAGGCUUCAUUAAUUUCUUUUUGCGAUCCCAGAUUAUUCUCGAUUUCAAAAACCUAGAUUCAUUCCCUCCUCCUCUAUCUGCUUCUGAUUUUUUCCGGAAAACAAUCUCUUUCUUUUUCAACAAUUGCCUCAUUUAUAGGGAAAGAGAGAGAUUUGAUUCUGCUGCCAACUCAGUUUCCUUUUGUUUUGGUACAAGUAGUGAUGGUGUUGUUAAAUCUGAACUACAUUUGGGUUUAUAGAGAGAGCUAAUUGGCAGAGGGAAGUUUUGUUGGCAAAACCAGAGAGAGAUUCUGGGCUUAAUUUUGUGAGGUGGGUCUUGAAAUAUCUGAGCUUUGAAGCAAAUAUCAGAGACGUUUCUUGGUUGGAUGGGUGUGUGUGAGAGUGAUUAAGGAGGGUUAUGAGAAGGGCACAUGUUAGUUUGGAGAAACAAUGACUGGAGGAGGGUCGUUGGGACUUCGCUCAUCGAGUUACGGGGCAUUGGAUAAACAGUUGAAUAACGGAGUUUCGCCGAUCCAAACAGCACGUAAGCCCUCCAAAAUGCCCAAGGAGAAGGAUUAUUUGUUUCCUUGGAUUUGCAAGUUCGUCGGUAGAAAGAAGGUUGGGAUGCUGCUCCUCUGUGUUGUUUCUGCUGUGGUUUUCCUCUGGGUACUGUACGUGGGCAAAGGUGAGGAUGCUCAAGAAGGACAUCAUAUACAGCAUGUCAGUAUUAACAAUAGCAUGGCUAUGAGUUACAGGGAACCUUCACCUGAAGAUAUUAUGCAUAGUAGUAGUAAUUCUUUGGUAAAAGCGGUAGAGAAAUUUCCGUUGGCAUCACCUCCUCCUCCUCCACCACCACCUCCCCUUCCGCUUCUGCCACCAGCAGUUUUCCUGGGUUAUACUCUUCCUCCAGAACACCCAUGUAAUAAUUUUGCGAUGCCUCCCCCACCUGCAGAUAAAAAGAGAACUGGUCCAAGGCCAUGUCCCGUAUGUUACCUUCCCGUGGAAGAAGCUGUUGCCUUGAUGCCAAAUGCCUCAUCGGAUUCCCCUCUUCUUAAGAAAUUGGAAUAUAUCUAUGAGGAGAAUUUAAGAAGAGAGACGGAGUUUGGAGGUUCGGACUUUGGUGGAUAUCCUACUUUAGCCCAGAGGACAGAUUCUUUCGAUGUAAGGGAGUCAAUGAGGGUGCACUGUGGGUUUGUCGGAGGGGUCAAACCUGGUCGCAACACAGGUUUUGAUAUCAAUGAUGACGACCUUCACGAUAUGGAGCAGUGUCAUGGCGUGGUUGUUGCAUCUGCAGUAUUUGGAAAUUUUGAUGAUUUAAAUCAGCCGAAGAACAUUAGUGAAUAUGCCAAGAAAAAUGUUUGCUUCUACAUGUUUGUUGAUGAAGAAACAGAAGCAUCGAUAAAGGAAACUGGUAUCCUAGAAAGCAGCAAGAAAAUUGGACUCUGGCGAAUCGUUGUGGUCCAUAACUUACCUUACAAGGACGCAAGACGAACUGGAAAAAUACCAAAACUUCUGGUGCACAGAAUGUUUCCUAAUGCUCGAUAUUCUCUUUGGGUUGACGGAAAACUUGAGCUUGUUGUGGACCCAUAUCAAAUUCUUGAAAGGUUCUUGUGGAGAAAAAAUGCUACAUUUGCAAUUUCUAGACAUUACAAACGCUUUGAUGUGUUUUUGGAAGCUGAAGCAAAUAAGGCUGCCGGAAAGUAUGAUAAUGCUUCUAUUGACUUUCAGGUUGACUUUUAUGUGAAGGAAGGUCUGACUCCAUAUUGCGAAGCUAAGCUUCCCAUUACGAGUGAUGUUCCAGAGGGAUGUGUGAUAAUUAGGGAGCAUGUACCUAUUAGCAAUUUGUUCAGUUGCCUCUGGUUCAAUGAAGUCGAUCGCUUUACAUCGAGAGAUCAAAUUAGUUUUUCUACAGUUAGGGACAAAAUAAUGGCAAAGACAAAUUGGACAAUCAAUAUGUUCAUGGACUGUGAAAGGCGCAACUUUGUGAUUCAGAAAUAUCAUAGAGACGUCCUUGAACGAAGGGCUCCUCCUGUUUCCAUGGCUGUCCAUCCUCCUCCACCACCUCCACCACCUCCACCAUCUUCCAUAAGUAAUCCAGUCAAUGAGUCGUCGUUAGAAAGAGUUUCAGGUUUACCGAGGAAGGCUUCCCAAAAGCGUAGUCGAGAGAGGAAGUCUAGGCGUCAUCGUAAAGUCGUUGCAGGUACAAGAGACAAUGAUUUGAGUUGAAGUUUUGUUCAGGUGAAUUAUUUUUAUGCUGUUUUCAAUCACCCCCUUUUAAAAUAUAUACCGGGGCUGGCUAGGAUGGUUGUGCAAGGUGAGUGCUCUAAUUCUAUUUCUACAUAGUUCAUUCUCUCAUUCUUUCUUCUCCUUUUGGACUUCCCAUUCAUUUUUCUUGUAUAUAGAGCAGAGCAUACUAUAUCUAAUAAUAAUUGUUUUUAUUGGUUGCUGCCAAGUUCUUCUGAUUUCACAGUCCAGCCCUUUUUAUUUGUUCCUUUCUUUAUCACUGUAACAAUUGAACUUAAAAAGCUGAUAUAUCACAUACUCUUAUUCACUUCUCUUUG